AUGGAAAUUGUAUAAUUAAAGAUAAAAAUAAAUUUUAUGACUGCAAUUUUCACAUAGUAAAGAAAUGAAGAAUAAGACUAUAGUCAAAGGUACAUUUAAUUAUUUAUUUUAUAAGGAUCAGAAAGAUUUAAAUAAGAUAUAGAUUACGAUUUUAGAAGUUUAAAUUUGAAAAAGAGCAUAUUUUAGAUUGA